AUCUGUUCUGUGCGGUCUGUCCUGACGAUGAAUUCAACCAGCUCCUCCUUCCCAUGGCGCGGAGAUGCCACAUCUCUGGCAGCCAACCCAGCCGUGCUAAUCGUGCUUGUACCGGUUGUGACCCUGCUCUUAUCCUAUCUGGUGUCUUGGAUUGCAUCACCCCUGCGAGGGUUCCCAGGACCAGCUCUAGCAUCAUGGUCGAAUCUGUGGCGGAUGUACUAUGCCUACGAUGGAUCUAUCCAUACCACCACUCACAAGAUGCACCAGAAGUAUGGACCAGUGGUCCGCAUGGCCCCGAACUACCUCGACCUCGACUACGAUGCAACCGCCUCGCUGAUCAAGACGUGUUUUGACACGAAAGGCGUCUGGAGAAAGACCGACUGGCAUGCUGUCAGUGGUUUCAAGGUAGGAAAAGAGAUUAGGUACAAUGUAUUCAGCGAAGUGCGCCCAGCCGAGCAUACUCGCAUGAAGAAGCCCGUCGCCAAAUACUGGACGACCAGUGCAGUGGCCCGAAUGGAACCCCAUAUCGACAGCGUUGUCGCGUUCUUCGCCAAGCAGCUCCAGGGUCGCUAUGCAGAUGGGGGUGAAAAGAAAAUGGGCAAGGCAUUCAAUUUCGGCGACUGGGCCAUGUUUUUUGGCUGGGAUGCGGUAGCCAAAACAACGAUGAACAAGCGCAUCGGCUACUUGGAUCACGGAUCUGAUUUUGACGGGACGCUGGUCACGGCCGAGAAAGCAUCGAGGUACCUGGUCACGAUCGGAAUGUACCCUGUGCUGGACCGGUUCUUGGAUAAGAACCCUAUAUAUCACAUUGGGCCGCCAUCUUACACGAACCUCGCCACACUGGCAGUCAAGCUGUUGACUGCCCGAUUGACCGGCCAGGACGGGCAUGAUGCCGUCCAAGAUCUCGAUUUUAUGGACCAUUAUAUCGAGGCUAAGAAGCAGUACCCGGAAAUUGUUGACGACUUUAUGCUCACCUCAUACGUGCUCGUUAACUUGGCUGCCGGAGCCGACACCACCGCCGCAGCUCUUCGAACGGUCUUCUACCUUUGCCUAAGGAACCGCUCAAUCUGGAAGAAAUUGUCCGAGGCAGUGCUCGCAGCUCCAUUCGCCCAGCCAGGGAGCGUCCAACUACCAGCCCCAUACGCUCAGACGAGAGCAAUCCCUUACCUCGAAGCCGUCAUCCGCGAGGCACUGCGCCUGUACCCUGGCAACCUUUUCCCCCAGGAGCGCGUCGUGCCAGCAGGGGGGAUCAAGCUCCCAGACGGGCGUUUCGUCCCCGAGGGCACGGCCCUGGGGUUCAACGCCUACGCCAUGCACCGCAACAAGGCAAUUUGGGGGCCCGACGCGGAGGAGUUCCGCCCGGAGCGGUUCCUGCGCUCCGAGGACGAGUCAGAGGCCGAAUACAGCGACAGGAUGAGGUUAUACAACGAUAGCGACUUGUCUUUUGGGGCGGGCAGCCGAAAGUGCAUUGGGAUGAACCUCGCGAUGAUGGAGGUUUACAAGACCACCGCCACUCUAGUUGCCAUGUUCGACUUCGAACUAGCCACCCAAAAGGAGUGGACUGUCACGGCUGAGUUGUUUCCCAGAGCUAGGGGAAUAGUGUGUAGAAUUCGACAGAGGGAAGGAAUGUUUCUGAGGCCGGACAUUGAUUACAGGAAUGAGUAGUCACGUCGCUCAGC